GCCUAACUAGAAACCAACUAGGUAUAUCAAUCCCCCACCUCCCGUGACUCACGCAUUAGUAAAGGCUCGUAGCUGAUUGUGUCUCCGCUAUCGGAUCGGUAUCCACCUGACAAAUCAGGCACCGAAAACCGCCACCAAUCUUAAUAAUUGAUAAGGGAAAAGCGAUCCAGUUGCAACUUUCUUUUCUCCAAACCAAACGCCCACCUUAUACCUUCGAUUCCCCCAUUUAUCUACCUGUCACAGACACACAGAACCAAGGAAACAAAUCAGAGAAAACCCAAAAAGGAGGUGAACUCAAAAUAAUCGCUCCAAAAUGUCCAUCACAAUCGACACCUCCGUCGACUUCGACCUUCCUACCCCACCUCAGUUAAAUGGCAGUCAAAAGCGCAACCUCCUCCUUGCCCCUCCCUCCGUCGCCGCCCACGAAGAGAAGCUCCGUCAUGUCUUCUCGACCUUCGAUCGCUCCUCGACCGAUCUCCAGAUGCUCGAUCGCCUCUCCGCAGGCUUUGUCUCCCUUCCUCCGAAUACAUAUGACCUCGUGCUGGUGUUGACGGAUGCGCCGUCGGAUGAGGCUGUGCGGCUGUUGACUCGGGAUGUUUAUACCGCUUUGGUACCCGCGAUGAAGGCGGGCGCUAGAUUGCAGCUGCAGCAAGGGAGUUUGGGGGCUAGUGAGGGGUUGGAGGCUAUCUUGGCGGGGCUGGUGGAGAAGGAUGGUGGGUUUGAGAAGCCGGCACAGGAGGCUGCCGUGCCAUUGAAGUUGGGCGGCAGGAAGAAGAAAGAUAAGACCAAUGGGGUGAACGGAGCUCCGAAUGGAGUGGCUACGAACGGAGCCAGCACAAACGGCGUGGGAAUGUUUGAUCCGGCCCAGAACAAUGAUGACGAGUUGAUUGAUGAGGAUGCGUUGCUCUCGGACGAUGAUUUGAAGAGACCUCUUCCACGACCCCAAAACUGUGUACCUGAGACCGCCAAGAAGCGCCGGCGUCCCUGCAAGGAUUGCACCUGCGGUCUGGCCAGUCAACUGGAGGAGGAAGACCGCGCACGUGAGGCAAAGGCCGCCGCAGAUCUCAACAUCCUGAAGCUGAACACAGACGACCUGAACGACGAGCUCGAUUUCACCGUGCAGGGCAAGACGAGCUCGUGCAACAGCUGCUCGCUCGGCGAUGCGUUCCGUUGCUCCAGCUGUCCGUACAUCGGAUUGCCGCCGUUCAAGCCCGGCGAGGAGGUCAAGAUUAUGAAUGAUAUGAUUCAGCUGUGAGGGCAUUUUCUUUCUGGGUCUGGUUUUCGGGUCUUACUUAAUAUUCCCUAAAAGGUGUUGCGGUGAUAGAAUUUCGGUAGGGUUAUUGUUAUGAAUGGCAUGAUCUGGUUUUAGGAUGUAUGAAAGCUAUUUCAAACUAAAAAUUUCUUUUGUCUUGUCUAUACCUGAGUAAUAGCAUAUGCACUUGAUUAUGCACUUCAAA